GAGUGCAGCAUCAUAUAGUGUCACACAACGUGCUCCGGAGAGCGCACUGCUUCCAUUCUGUCGUGAAAAGAGCUAAUCACCCCUCUUCAAAUAUGUCCGAUGUGGAAAAUGAUGAUGUGCCAUCGGCAGCGGGUGGUCCCAUGGAUGUAAACACAGCUUUGCAGGAAGUUCUGAAAAAUGCUCUUAUUCACGAUGGUGUCGUACAUGGUCUUCAUGAAGCAGCAAAAGCGUUGGACAAGAGACAAGCCAUGCUUUGUAUAUUGGCAGACAAUUGUGAUGAGCCAAUGUAUAAAAAAUUGGUUCAAGCAUUAUGUAACGAACACCAAAUUCCACUAAUAAAGGUGGACAAUAAUAAAAAAUUAGGUGAAUGGG